GUUCAAUAUGUCAUCGUGAUCCGAAAGCCGAGCAUUUUACUCAAGUAUAUUUUCGAAAUAUUUGGAAAACCAUUAGAAGAAAAUAAAAACAACGAAUCGUAGAUUGUUUAGAAGCACGAACAUAUUUCGUUCAAAAAGAAAAGUAAGUGAUAUGUAGUGUUUAGGCCGUGAUAUUUGUGUAAUGUGUAUUGAUUUUUCUUGAUCUCGGUUCUCUCCUCCAUAUAGUCGCGUCCGUGAUCUAUAUACCUCUUAUUAGAGGUAAAAUUAGAUGUUUUCGUUACACGUAUCGUUUUUUCGGAUUAUUUUAUUUUCGACGCGUAGUGGUAAUUUUACAAUGUAAUUAUCUGGUACUGAAGUGUAGUGUAUGUUGGGGGAAAAUAUUUGUGUAAAGACAUGCUUUUAUUUUUGUGACUCGUCUCACCUUAUGUGACCUAUUUAUUUGCGAUGUCGCGGGCGCGGAACGUGGGUGGCAAUACGGUUUGCCAUUUUCGCUUACCCGACGGAUUAUACAACCUUAUUUUAUUUAAAAUUUGAAUAUAUUCCAUUUAGAUAAAGUAAAUGGUUGAUUGGAAAGUAUGCUUGUAGUCAGGGUCGGAUUAGGCUGAAUUUUGCCAUAGUACAUUACCAAUAUACUUUUCACAGUAAUGAAUGUUUCAAUAUUGAGGUGGAAUAGAACCCAUCAUUUUCUUAUCUGUUUUUUGCCAUUUUUUUAUCUUUGAUGUCUUCAAAUUUUCUAUCUAUUAGUAACCCUUAUCAAAUUUUUUUUGCAGAUUUCACUAUGAUUCAGAAUAAAAUUUCACAUCUCCUUGCAUUUUUUUAGUGAUUUUUAUAUUGCCCAACACAGUUUAUUUAAAUCACCUCAUAAUAAGAUUAUGUUGUCUAUGACAGCCUCUUUUUUUAAAUAAAAAUUGCUCUGGCUAGACAUAGUGAAAGAAUUAUCUCUAUAGUAGUCUUGCCCUGGUCUUUCAUUUAGCAUUUGUACCAGUGCCAUUAAUAGCACUCAUCGAGAGUUGUAAUAAAAGUAGACUGAUAACAUUGUAGAUAAUUUAAAAAAUAUAGAUAAAAUCAAAGAAAUAAUUUAGAGGCCUUUUUCUGCCUUAAAUUCUUGAUGACCCUAAAAUCAUGCUGAAUAGAGUGUAUAUUUCACAUUUUUCCUGAUGUUAAUGUGCAGCUGGGUGCAAAAUGUGUGUAAAGAUUGAUGAAAAUUCUAUCUAACAAAUUUUGUAUGCAAUUAAAUAUACUAAUAAUUAAAUAGUCAUUCGAUCGACGCUCGAAAAAAUCACAUUGCAUGUGGUGUCGGUAAUGUGAUGUGGACGAGUCGUUGAAUAUUAACGCGUGAUUCGUGAUUUCAGCGGGGCUACACAAUUAAAGCAUGCCAUUUUGCAGUGUUGGUUUUUUUAAUUGGAAAAAUUGAUUCAAUACAUACUGAAGCUGUGAUAUAUAUUUCAAGCAACUAAUAGAAAUAUACAUAUAGAAAGACAUUUUAUAGAAUGUCUUCAAGGCGGAGAAGUAGAAGUAGGGAUAAGAAAAAUGUGUCAACGAAACUUAGAAUGGAUACUAAACCCCAGGCUAUCAGAAUUACAGACCCUAGUUUACCAGCUGGCAGGAGAAGGGAAAUAGAUAAUGUUAUGAAAAAAGCUAGGGCUCAAAAAUCACCAAAUUCAGGCGUAUUUUGGGACAAAAAGCUUUUGGAAGUUGAAGCUAAAGAUCCAAACAGGUGGCGCCACAGCGGAUAUAAAUCUCUCUAUAUCGACGGUUCGUCAUCUCCAUCGUCGAACGGUAGACGUAGUCGUUCGCGUUCGCCGUUACGUCACAGUUCAUCGCCUACCCCAGGAGGUCGUCGUACCCCUUCAAUGCGUCGUGCGUCACCGGCAGUUUACGGAGGGCGGUCCGCCCGAUCUCCCCGUUCUCCGAGAUCGCCACCUCCGCGCAGCGCUCGCUCUCGUUCACGUUCUUCUUCGCCUCCGACGCGCCGUAGAUCGCCACCUUCUUAUAGAAGAUCGUUGCCACGGGGUAGACCGCGUUCGCCGCCUUCGCCGAGGGAGCCUCCGUCGUCUAGGCAUAUUCGUAGAUCCGUGUCUAAUAGCUCAAUCAGCAGUUGUUCAGACGAUUCAUGUUCGGUGUGUUCGCCUAAAGGACAUAGAAAUGCUCGAUCGAGAUCGAAAUCCCGUUCGCCCCGCGCGCGUAAACCAGCUCCAAAAAUCAUUUCGCCUCCUAAGUCUCGGGUACGACAACGUCCACCUUCACCUUCCCCCGUACCAAGACGUGUUGCUAAACCUACCACUCCUCCCCCCAUUCCUAGGAAACUUCCUAAGCCAAACCCUUCUGACAGACCCACCGAUCCUAGAAGACAACCUCCUCCUCCAAGGCCAAGAGGUAGCACUGGAGAGAUUAUUAAUGUUAGAGGAGUUAAACCUCCUGCGAAGCCCACGGCUGUGAAGAAAAGUGGAGAAAAACAAAUGGUGAAACCGAUGUUGUUGAAACGAAUAAAAAAAGAACGAACAGGUAAUCGACCAGGUUCUCCUGGAGCAGAAUCCUCAGGUUCGGCAGAUAGCGGGCAUACUUUGUUGCCUACACCGAUAGUAGCUACCACCAGCUUAACUUUAUCAGAGAGAUUUGGAAAAAUCGCACAAUGGAGUGCAGAUAGAGAAAGAAGGGAGAUGGAAAAUAUGAGAAUUACCAAAACGGGCAGCAAUAUGAAAGUAUUAGUGGAAGAAGACGAUUUCCUGUAUGGUAGUCCCCCAAGAAGGUACAGCUUGUCUCCAGUACCCACUGGUCACUUUCCAGAUAAACUGAUGUCUUCCGGCCAAUCAAGAAUGGCGGCAUGGGAUGACGUCCGCGUCCGUUAUCAGUAUUACAAAGAUCUAGGUUAUUUACGUGACCUAACAUUGGAUGAUUAUGUCAAAUGGGAAGAGUGGUGGUACAAAUAUCAAGACUGGUUAGCAAACGAACGCCAUUACGAACAUUGGUUAGCAUCUCAAGGGGGUGGUAGGCGGAGAGGAAAGAAGCGUCUACCAGCUUCAAAACGUUUGAAUUGAAAGGUGGGCGAAAUCUGAGUGAAACGACGGUUAAAUUCGGUAUUCGGUUAAUUUUGAAACUUUGAUUGUGUUUUUUUUGUUUGUGAUAAUAUUAAGAAUCAACUUUUCUUGGAUAAGUUUAUACGAUUUUAUUUAUACAUUAGUUGAAUAUUGGAUCUGGGAAAAGAUAAAAUGUCGAGACAACUGUGUAACUACUGAGAUAUAUUAGAUCUUCACAUCACAUUAACGCAUUUCUGGUUUAACAAGCACAAUCUAAGUUUCUGUUAACCUAUUUCAAUCGUUGACAAUUUGGACGUUGAAAAUGGCGCGUUUAAUUUUGUUUGAGACUUUUUAUGGUAAGUGAACUUUAUGAAAGUCGUGGUAAAUACACAAGGUAAUGUAUAUAGCAUACAGGAAAGUUAUAAGAUAAGGUAAAUUUAUUAGAAUUUAGCUUUUUGCAUAACUUCAUAUUUUCUUUAUAUGGCAAAGAUCUGAUCAGUUGAAAAUAAUUUUUUAAAGGUGAUUUUGGUACAUUCUUUUUUUCUUUAUGGCGUUUUAUAUUGAGAGUAGUAUGUAUUACGUCAUUUUCCAGUAAAUUCAAUUUCCAAUCAGAACAUUUUUUCAAUCUAUAAACUUAUUACAAAAUUAACACAAAAUUUGACAUAAACAGAAAACAUGGUUAUAAUCUUUACCAAAAUUCCCAUAUAACUGUAGAUGGGUCUCGUAAAUGUGACAUUUACUAACUUGCAUACCGCACAGAUGGUUGUGGGCUUAACAUAGACCAUUGACUUCAAAUAAACAAAUCUAACAGUGUUAGAUAACAUGAUCACGCAAUUGAUAUGUUUUCAAGUUGAUUGGCAUGUGGCAAUAUCUUAUUAAAAACAAAUCAAUAUCAACCAAUUAUCAUUAUUAAGCACUGGUACCAGUUAACGCUUAAUUAACCUCAUUUGUUGAAUAAGUUUCAGGUUCAGGUUCAAAUCGACACCAAACAUAAUUUUAACUAAAAACUAAUCCAUUAAGGUGAAGAUUUGCAUUACUACUUCAUAUGAUUUAGCUUGAACAAUUAGUAUCUACUUUUUGAUGUCCAAUAAUCAAUUCCAUAAACUCUCUUCAUUUGUGUCUGCGUUAUUUUUUAGUUUUUGGUCCAUAUAUUCCAGCGUCUCUUCAUGACUAAAUUGUAUCGAUUUUGGGCCUGAAAUUUCUUUCUCGUUUAUUAUUACAUAAAUAAAUUUCGUUGUUGGGUUAAUAAAAUCGUAUUUUUUUGUUAUUGCUAAUUAGUGCAUUACAUAACGAACAUUAAUGAAUCUUUUAUUGAAUUGAUUGUAGGCUAAGAUAUUUAUUAUAUAAUAUAUAAAGUAUAUUUUUUAAGGGAACUUGAUAAUUUGUAGGUGAAUUAUUAAUUUUUCGUUAACAUAGCUGUGAAUUUAAUUUUUUGAGUGAUCAGAUCUAAUAUCUAAUAAAUUUUUUAAAAAAAUCGAGCAGCUUCUUUCAAAUGGCUUAUUUUUUUUCUGCCAACUAUAUAGUAGAUUUUCAGACUAUCGUGGUAAUUCAAUGAUUAAGUUAACAUUUUUAAAUGAAGAUAUAAAUUUUCUAUGUCUUUUUUUUUAAUUAAUAUUUGAAUGAAUAUCUUUUUUCAUUCAUAUUACCCUUUAAGAUACAAACCGAUCCAAAUUUUGUUCUUUGGAAUCAUUUUAACUACAGAUUUAUAUAAACACAGGUUGAAACCAAUUAGAUAUACUCUGCAAAAGGGAUUUUGUCAAAACAUUUUAAUAAAAAAAUUCAAUCCAUAGAUGUCUCUAUCGCCCAUGAUUUUCAAUCCAGUUUGUUGAUAGUUUGUAUUUUUCCGUUUGAUAAAUAUUCAUAUUUUUUAAACAUUAUUCUUAUUAUUGUUGCCUUAUUUUAAUUAUCAAAAAAAUUAGCCUAGCUAGUUAAGUGGUUGUGGCACAUAUGGAGAGAAGGAACAAAAUCUAUAGCAUAUGAUGUGAUGCAAUGGUGGUAGAAAAAGACGCGGCAGGCCUAGAACAAAAUUGUUAAAAGGAUGACCUAAGCAAGAGUUAGAAAUUUUCAGGAAACAGGAAAUUAUGACGAAAAAUAAGCGAGGUAUAGAGAAGGAUUAUGGGAACUGAUCCACUCUAAUAAGAGGAUCUAGAAAACAUUUUUGCGGCGCAACACGACUUGAGAUGUUAAUCUAUUAUUAAUGCAUUACUCAUCAACCUCUCCCGGAUCCAAAUUACAAAAGGGUCAAUUCACAUAAUAAACUUUAGCACUGUGUGGCAAGUAUUCAAUAUCACAGCUUACUGGGAGUCAGCAAAGGUUUUUUUUGUAAUACCAGUUUGGCAAUGCUAUCAUGCAGUGGAAGAUUUGCGUACUUGGCCAGUUUCUCCGACUCGACUCUUCUAUGUCAGGUCUGUUAUCUGUCACCAGUAUAUCAGUAAUAAUGGACCUAUCGUAUUAGAGUUCAAUAUUGUUCUUGUAAUAUAAGUUUUGAGAAGACUUAACUUGUUGGAUAGUUUCUGGUGGAUGAUGUUGCAUAAUUGAUUAUACAGUGCAGAUAGUCAGUAUUA